UCUUUCUCUCUCUUGACAAAGUAGAGAAGUUCACAUCAACUCUUUGCAUUUCCACAUUGCGUUUCUUGGCUUCUGCAUUCAAACUCUUCUGAUAACAUGAAAACCUUUAAGUUGCUCAAAUGUUGGCCCAGUGCUGACCCCAAUACGUCCACUGUUGUUGAUACUGAUACUGAUAAUGUUCCUUAUUUUGAUUCUGUUAAGAAUUUAAUAUAUGGAAUCGAUUACGUAACUAACCCCGAUGAAGAUUCCUUCUUCGAUUUGGUGUUUACAGGGCCUGAUGGACGCCCUAAAGUAGUCUGUAACUCUAAAUCGGUUAAGCAGAGGAAGAUGGGUGAAUUUGAUUCUCCAAUUGACUCACACUCGAAACCUCAUUCUCCGGUCAGCGUGGUCGGGUCGGGUAUCAAGUUUCGUGUCUUCUUUUUCGGAUUCAGGAAGGAGAAAGCGGGAAUUGAUGAUUCUUCUAUUCCAAAUCCGAAGCAGUUAAACAAGACAACUUUGCCCAGAGGCAGCAGUUUAAGAAGCAAACUGGAGAAAGAGAGGGAGGAGGAAUUUUCAGUUGACGACUCCUCUUCGUCUAAGCAAUUUACAAGAGCUGCUGAGUUUUUGAAAUUGGUGAAGCGUGGAAAUUCCAAAAUGUGCACAGACAAAAUUAGAUUAUCAGAUCAAGUUUCAACGCCAUUGCCAUCUCCGUUGGUGCAAUCAAUUAGCUCAUCGAGAAAGCAAUUGGAUGAAAAACAGGGGAACCGAGUUGCUGCAUUUGGAGCUGUAUGUAAGCACGUUAUGAAGAGCCGAUCGACGACUUCCUCCUUUGCCGGAGUUUCAUCGUCGCUGCCGGCGAUGAAUCGCAGAGAUGAUUCACUACUGGAGCAAAAUGACGGAAUCCAAGGUGCUAUUCUUCACUGCAAGAGAUCCUAUAGCACUGCAUCAAAAGAUUGUUCGAUGUUAUGUACAACUGAAGAUGUAGCACGAACCUCUUAUUAUGAAGAAGAGAGCAGAUGGAGCAUUUGAAUAAUCAAGAGUUGGAGGAGCUAGGCUUGUCCAUUUCCUCUUUGUACACUGUAAACUAAAAGUGAGAAAUAGUAAGAGUUUUAGUUAAUCCAGGAAAUUUAGAAGAGAGUUUACUUGUGUACAGUGAUUACAGAUCUUCAAAUUUGCCUCUUAA